UUUUUGGUGCACUAAGGGUAAUGCUAAAGAUUGUUUGUUAGUGUGGCUAGGCAUGUGAUGUAGUAGUGGCAAGUAUGUUAAGUAUGUCAUAAGUUAUUCACUUGAGAGUUGAGACACUAACAGAGUCAAAGCCUACGACCUUUUUCUCCAGCAGUGGAGCUUCAACUCUCCAGCAGUGGAGUUCAACUUCUUCGAUAAGCAAAGCCGGAAGAAGAAUGGAAGGUAUGAUAUUUGAAGGCAUGGGGGGAGAUGUGGUUCACUUUGAUGAGGCCCCAGUUCAACAGGAAGCAGCUGCCAAUCAAAAACUAGUCGGAAGAGUACUAACAAAAAAAUCACUCAACAUGACUACAGUGCGAAAGACCAUCUUUCAGAUGUGGGGAGAUCUGCAAGGAUUGGUGAUCACUAGUGCAGGUUCCAAGUCUUUCAUUUUGAACUUUAAAAGUCAAGAUGAAGCAAGGAGAGCUUAUGAAGGCGGACCAUGGAGAAUAGAAGGCCAUAUGCUUAGUCUUCAAUGGUGGAGCUCAAAUCUGUCCAUUGAUGAGGUAAAUUACAAUCAGCUUCCUAUUUGGAUUCAAAUACAUGGAUUACCAUAUGAUAAAAUCAAUAAAAGUAACGCUGAGAAAAUAGGAGCAAUAUUGGGUAGGGUUAUAACUGCAGAAGAUCCUUUUGUUGAAAGAAAUAUGCUUAGACCUUUUUUGAGAGUUAGAGUUGAGAUUGAUAUUCAACUUCCAUUAAAAACUGGAUUCUGGUUCAAAAAGUUUGAUGGAAGUCAUGCAUGGGCAUCGUUAAAAUAUGAAAAACUGUAUGACUACUGCUAUAAGUGUGGGAUGAUUGGUCAUGAUAGAAGGACCUGUGUUGAGGAGAUGGCUAUGUCCAUAGUUAAUCCUAAUAUGUCCAAAUAUGGUCCUGAGCUCACUACUCCAGGUCUGAAGUCCAUAGAUGUUGAAGCAAGAAAGGCUAGGAUUAGGAGACAGAAGGAAGAUCAAAACAACUGGAUGGAGGAACUAUGGGAGGCGCGUGAGAGAAGCCAACAGGAAAGGGUAUGGCAAAGAAGGCACCAUGAGAGAGAAGGAGAGUCUAGUCAAGGGUGGGUAAGGAGCUCUCAGGCUAGUGUCUCAGUAAAAUCAGUAGGCAGAGUAGAUGGUACACAGGAUUUAUUGGCAAAUAGACAAGUGGCAUUGCAGAAAAAUCUGGAACAAAAUGAAGGGGCUGAUCUGGAUGAGCUGAUGGGUGAUGAUAAUACUACUGUCUUGGAAUUAGGUGAUGGGGCUCAGACAGAAAGAAGGAUUGAGGAAAUCUCCUCUGGUUCAAGGGAUAGACCAGGGGAUAAAUCAAAUCAAGGUACAGAGAUUGAGAGGCCAAAUAAAUAUGUAGAGAAAACCAUUGGAGGCAUGGAGGGGAUGAUAAACCACUAUUUUAUGGUUUAUCUUGUACUCGAUUGAGUGGUUUUUAUCUACUCUUUAUCCACUUAUUCAUACUAUUUGCAUGG